AGUGAAACCCGGAGGCGGAGUCCGGAAGCGAGUGGUUUGGCGACCUGCACCGGCGGCUGUUGCUCUUUUUAACCGGUUUGCGGGAAGGAGGAGAACGGCGUGAACCGCGAGGCCUCUCUCCGGGCUCUUCGGAUGUGGCCGGGUGGAAUUUACAAUCGGCGGGGCUCAUCGGGGCGCAAGGUCGACUAAGCCAGCGAAAGAAAAGAUUGCCCGCACCUGUCUGUCGCCAUCCCCUGACCCUCUCCCUGACAGCCAUGGGGAACACCAGCAGCGAACGGUCCGGAGUCGAGCGCCAGGGGGGUCAUAAGACCCCUCGGAGAGACAGCCCCGGGGGAUCGAAGGAUGGAGACAGGCCCAAGAUUUUGAUGGACAGUCCCGAAGACGCUGACCUCUUCAAUGCGGAAGAAAUGAAAGCUCCGAUGGAGAAAGACGAAUUCCUGGCUUGGCAACACGAUCUGGAGGUGAGCGACAAGGCUCCCACCCAGGCUCAGCCGACUGUCUUCCGGUGGACCGGUGGAGGCAAAGAAGUUUAUUUAUCGGGCUCCUUCAACAGCUGGAACAAACUCCCGCUUACUCGGAGCCACAACAAUUUCGUAGCGAUCCUCGAUCUUCCGGAAGGCGAACACCAGUACAAGUUCUACGUGGACGGUCAGUGGACUCACGAUCCUGCAGAGCCUGUUGUCACCAGCCAACUAGGAACCGUCAAUAACGUGAUCCAAGUGAAGAAGACCGACUUCGAAGUCUUCGAUGCUUUAAUGGUCGAUUCCCAAAAAUGCUCCGAGGUGUCAGAACUGUCGAGCUCGCCCCCCGGGCCGUAUCACCAGGACCCCUACAUUGUCAAGCCGGAAGAGAGGUUCAAGUCACCCCCAAUUCUUCCCCCUCACCUGCUGCAAGUCAUCCUGAACAAAGACACUGGGAUUUCCUGCGAUCCGGCGCUCCUUCCCGAACCCAACCACGUCAUGCUCAACCACCUCUACGCCCUGUCCAUCAAGGACGGCGUGAUGGUUCUCAGCGCCACCCACCGUUACAAGAAGAAAUACGUGACCACGUUGCUGUACAAGCCCAUAUGAAAGAGGGCAGGGAACGCGGACUCGUCCGAGAGAGAGAGAGAGAGAGACAGAAUUGCCAUCACAAGUCACCCCAGCACCAUCCUUGCCAUUAAAACCGUCACCAUCCGUCCCCCACAAAGGAGAGAAAAUCCCGUUUGGGUUGAACCGGUUUUCUCGCUUUCUCCUCGCCUGCAGCUUUGACUCCGGGUUCGUUUGUUGUUGUUGUUUUUUCAUCCGUCAAGCGCGAAACUUGCCUGCGAGAAAACACGGGAGGAUAUCCAAACCGCGCAGGCCCGAAUUAACCAUGAGAAUCCGAUUCUUCCAACGCUUCCUAGCCCAAAAGCCAGAGGGUGGCUUUUCUUUUCUUUUCUUUUCUUUUUUUUAACAACAAGCCAAAGAAGGGACGAGGACGGUCUCGAAAUCAAUUUUGUUUCUGGAAAAUCUGUCUCCGUCCUACACUUGUGGCGUCCCCGUAGGGGCCAAACCUGCCGUUUUGUUUUCAAUUUUUUUAAAGAAAAAAAAACACGUUUGGAGUUCACAAUUACAGCAGCAAUAAGGACCAAAGAAGGGGGAAGGAGCCCGCCCCUUUCUCUCUCCUUGGGCAGGAGAAGUUAGCAAGCCUCGGUGCUUUCGACGGUUGGGUGAGUCCUCGGCCGUCCCGACAGCUUUAUUCCUCCGGAGGAUCAGCUCAAAAGGCAGCAUCCAGAACCAGUAUUUUAGGUCCGCCCGGUCUUGUAAGUUUGGUAUUUUACCUCUGUUCGGAAAAGGGGGUUUUAAUAAAUAAAGGCACCGUGGGAGGAAAAGAAAAAAAAAAAAGAGGUUGCGCCUUUCUUCCUUCUGCCGGCCUGCCUCCAAAAUUCGAA